AUGGACGUAAUGCACGGGGUGGAAGAAUCGAGCGUAAAGAUUUUAUGAAACGCAUACAUACAGCGGCUGUCUGAACCACGUCAACGAAUCCCGUGAGCGAGGAAAACACGACAAUCUAUAUAAUAUCACGUCGACAGAUUUGAAACAGCAAACUCGUAUUCCCCUCGUUUAAAUAGUCGUGGAAAAAGGUGGGAUUAAAGAAACGUGCCUCGUAUUUUUCAGCGAUUCCACGAUAUCGAUUCUUUCGUCGUGUGGGAAAAAUAUGUAGACAUUUCUAGAGCUUAUUUUUCCUUUUUCUUUCUUUUUUUUUUUGUUCUUUGAAUUUCAAGAAAGAAUUUCCAUUCUAAAAUAUUUGUUGUGAAUAAUAAAUCACGAUCAAGAGAUAUCCUUUGAAUUUUAAAGACUACGAUUUCUUACUGUGGCUACAAAGAGUCUUUACACACAGGCUAUUUUUCAAUGAAUUAUUUUUAUUUAAUUCUACGUUUCAUUUCCGUAGUACCAAAUUUCUAUAGUUAUAUCAAAGUACUAGGUAUUGUUCUAAUUGAUAUUAUCGGACGCUGAAAGUCAUUGCAAAUUAGAUUUUAUAUUGAUUAAUUUUUCUAAAGUUGGUUUAAUUUAAUAUUUAUUCAAUAUCGAUUGAAUUUUUUUCUAUCAGAGAGAACAUAAAAUACUUAACAUCAGAACUUAAAUACCCAACGUUUUGAUAAUUAUUACAUCGGUUACUCCAUUUUAACUAUGCUGUAUAUUUGAGAAUUAAUACACUCGGUAAUUGAUUAGUACAUACUGUAAUGGAUAGUGUAUUUUAAAUGAUUACAAGAUUUCCAAUUACAGAAUAAUCUUUUGUGCGAACUUUCACCCAGAGAAAUUCUUAAAUACGGCCAGAGAAUCAACGUUGGUUCUCAUUACAGUGGAUACGCGUGCGAAGAACCACUUUUCGCUCGAACGUUGACUAAAAGUCAUCCAGCGCAUGCAACGUUACACACCCCAGAGGAAGCGGAAAAUUUCUGGCGUAUCGCGUCGAUCUUUGGACCUCCCCCUGUUGAUCCGUCGAACCGAAUGAAAGCAUUAGGAAUUCAAGUGUUACUUAAGAGGCAAUUCCUCGCAAAUUCACAGCUGUAUCGAACAUCGGACAUCGUGAAAAUUCGAAUUGAAUAUAAUUCGGAAUAUUUUGAAAUUUUUUUAAACUCUCGAAGCCUAGAUAGACUUCAGACAGUACAAGCAAAUAAAAUAACUGCAAAUGUAAAAUUCCUGUUAAGCAAAUGAUGCUACCCCUGGCAAAAAGUUUUUAAUUGGAAUCAAUUAAAUAAUGGAAAACAUUCACGAAUAACGAGGAUAUCUCUGAGAAAAUGAAAUUGGCGAUUUCAAUUAAAUUUGCAAUUUGUUUGAUCAAAAAUUUGGAUGCAACAUCAAAAGACUGAAAUCUCGGCUCGAUAUGGUUUCUUGGUUUAUAAAGAAGAUAGAGUGGCAUACACCUGGUUAUCAUUAGGUGAGGAACAUUGAUUUUCCGUGAGGUUAAGGACACCGUAAACUGCAUCUCCACCACGUGACUUCAACUUGACCAAUGAUUUCUAAAUAUCAUUCUCAUAUCCCAUUCUACCUACACGAUCAAGCUAAACUGUCUUUCAGACACGAUCUACUCCUCUACGUGAAAAAAGAAGAAGUAUCCAAAUGUGUAUUGCAAGACGAUCGGAAAGUUUUCGGCUGCUUCGACCCACGAUAAAUCUCGAAGGACCGAAAAACGUUUUGAAAAAAGGGGAAAAGUUCGGCGAAGAGGUACGAAUUAAUUAUAAGGGUAGCGGUAACGCCUGGAUGCCCUGAGGGGUAACGCAAUUUAACAAGCUUACCUCUCUACUCGGUAAACCCUCUAUCCCGUUAGCUUUGGCGAAUGCAACUUGUGACCCACAUGCAAGCGACGAUUAAAUACGACUAAGCCUUCCUCGACGGUGGUGAGAACAUCGCUCGGGAUGCUCUUCGGGCGAUUAACCUUUGAUCCGCCGGAAACGCAUCGUCCAGUUUGCCAGAUCUUCGAAUCUGUCGGAUGACGUGGCCCAGAGGCAACGAUCAAAUCUCGGCGUUCGUUGGUUUCUCCGGCGAGCCCGUCGAAUUAUAUCACAAAACUCCACUUUCAACCUGUUGUUCCCAAGCAGUUAGUGGGAACAGAACCAAGAGCAAGACGGGAGUCAACCGUAUACGGUGUAUUCAAGUUUACACAGGACACACCGCGGACAAGAGCUAGGUUCAUCUUGAAACUGCUGCCUCACCGCGACAUAUUGACCGUACGAUCGCUUGCAAAUGUGUUGCAAAACGUUGACAAGAAUCGUUCCGCCGAGUACGCCACGUACGAGCUGUCACUCGAGUCGUUCAGAACCAUUCAGAAAUCGCAGGUAUCUCUUAUCUGACCGCGGUAUCGAGUCAUUGAUAACCCUUGCCCCGGACCCGAUCAACGUCUCCUGUCUUCGUUUACGAAGAGCCACCACUCAACGACAGUACAGUUCAAGAUGCGACUGGAUGAUCUGGUCGAACUGUGAAAUCACUGUGAUCGAUGUGUUGCACUGGCUGAUUGCACCGGACGAGCUACGCCACGUUUCCUUGUUGCCAUGGAUCAAAAGAAAAAGAAAGGGUGAGAUGUGUCACGAGGACGGCACUCUGCGUGCUCGACGUUUCUUCCGUACUGCGUCCGGGUCGAGCACCUACCUCGUCGAGUCGUCAUCGAGGACUCGACGCAGGCGCCUGGAGGGAAACCACCCCCUGUUACCCGCCAACUCCAACGCUUCCAUCCCCUCUGAUUUGGCCAGGGGGUGAACAUCCGAGUGUCGAACGCCUGGCUGUAUUCUACAGUGGCGACGAUACGCCAGCAUGACCACCGUCAAGAGGACAAUCCACCACCUUGUUUUUGAAACUCGCAACAGGACAAGAAGAAGAAGAAGAAAAUUCUGUUUCUUACUCGUGGG